ACUUUUGUGUAUUCUCCACAAAAUCCUAUGACAUCAUCACUAUUUCCAAUCAUUUUCACCUCCGAGUUUUAUUGAAAACAUGGAAUAUGAACGAUUUCCGAUCAUUCUUCUUAGCCAUCCCACAGUCGUUUUCUUGUUUAUCUGUUCAGCCUUUUUCCAGUACAAAAUGUCUGUUGUUAAGUGGAUGUGCUUCUCUUUAAAUCAGAGAUUAUCUUUUGUAAAGCACACAUGUACCACUGGCACAGCCCAAAAAUGAAAAGAGCCCAUCUUCGGAUACCCCAAAACGCUUGGAAAAGGCCCUGAAAGUAUGACCCUGCCACGAACAGUCGGCCUCUUCCACGUCUGUCGUUUUCUCCUCCUCCUGCAACUCGUGUGUGAAUCUGCACCUGGUUCAUAUCUGUGCCCCGGGUGCAAGACGUUGAACAAAUGUGACGUCACAACAGCACGGGAUACGUUGGUCAUCAACUGCCAGACUCUGGAAGAUUGGUCCCAAUCCUUGACCCGGCUGAACGGCGCUCAUGCCAUCAGGUUGAUGUGUGUGGAAACAACUUCUAAGAAGAGUAUGCUGAAGGUACCGUUGCUGAAAAUCAACAUGUCCGGAGGUGUUUCCCGUCUUGACGUCAUUCGAUGCGGUCCAAGGUUCUUCACACCGCUGGCAAUCGACAACCUUACGAACCUGACCAGUCUGUUUAUGAGCGAGAACUCCCUUAAGCGUGUGCCAAAAGUUGUGAGCUCGUUCUCCAACCUCCGUGCUCUGUUCAUUUACUACAAUCCUAUCUCUACCAUCUGUGCCGGAGACCUGCCCACUGCUCUGGAGACCUUGUACCUCAUAGGACUAAAUCUCAAAUACAUAGAGCCCCCCAGCAUGUCAACGCUUCAUCGACUGAAGGAUUUGGUCUUAGAGAGUAACCCUUUACUCUCCUGCAUCUACGCGGACACCCUGGUGGAUCUGCCUUUACGAAGAAUCAACAUCAAAGACUCUGGCGUGGAAAGCCUGCAUUUCCUCUUUCGUGUGGCCAACAUUUCUUCUGGAGAGCAACUAAUUUUGCAGGUCAAUGCAGAAGGAACUAAAGUCCCCUGCGACUGCGUGGCUAACACGCUAUACAAACUCUUUGGAUCUCAACUGAAGACGGACUGCCCUUCACUGCGCUCCCCGGCCGACCAGACGGCAGACAACUGUUUGAAGGGCAAGGGACCGUCAUCCUGCGAAUUUCCUGAAGAAGCGAAAUCCCAGUACUGCCAACGGACACAGAUACCGUCGUUGACCAACGGGUCUGGGAAUAUUUCGCAAGUAGACAUCGGCAACCCCAGGACCCUCUUUGUAAAGCUUCAAAGUGGUGGCACGAGCUUAAACCGCCACCCAAAUCAAAAAAUGUACAUUGUCUCGGUGGCACUGCUCUUCUGCACUUGUCUGCUAUUUCCUGUUUUAGGACGAACAGAACAUGUAAUAUUAUUAUUAUUAUAAGCGCGGUUAAAAAAAUUGUGGCGUAACUUAUCCUCAAAUAUCUUUUUAACG